CUCAGGGAAUGGCUGGCUGGCUGGCUGACUGGUGGCAGCAGCAGUGUCUGGAGGUGGCCUCAUAGCCAUGCAGCAAGUCCUGGACAACCUGGGAUCCCUCCCCAAUGCCACGGGGGCCGCGGAGCUGGACCUGAUCUUCCUUCGAGGCAUUAUGGAAAGUCCCAUAGUAAGAUCCCUGGCCAAGGCCCACGAGCGGCUGGAGGAGACCAAGCUGGAGGCCGUGCGGGACAACAACCUGGAGCUGGUGCAGGAGAUCCUUCGGGAUCUGGCGCAGCUGGCAGAGCAGAGCAGCACCGCCGCGGAGCUGGCCCGCAUCCUCCAAGAGCCUCACUUCCAGUCCCUCCUGGAGACACACGACUCUGUGGCCUCGAAGACCUAUGAGACUCCCCCGCCCAGCCCUGGCCUGGACCCCACCUUCAGCAACCAGCCGGUGCCUCCCGACGCGGUCCGCAUGGUGGGCAUCCGCAAGACCGCUGGAGAGCAUCUGGGAGUGACGUUCCGUGUGGAGGGCGGCGAGUUGGUGAUCGCGCGCAUUCUGCACGGCGGCAUGGUGGCUCAGCAAGGCCUGCUGCACGUGGGCGACAUCAUCAAGGAGGUGAACGGGCAGCCAGUGGGCAGCGACCCCCGCGCGCUGCAGGAACUCUUGCGCAGUGCCAGCGGCAGCGUCAUCCUCAAGAUCCUGCCCAGCUACCAGGAGCCCCAUCUGCCCCGCCAGGUAUUUGUGAAAUGCCACUUCGACUACGACCCUGCAAGAGACAGCCUUAUCCCCUGCAAGGAAGCCGGCCUGCGCUUCAGUGCUGGGGACUUACUGCAGAUUGUAAACCAGGACGAUGCUAACUGGUGGCAGGCAUGCCACGUCGAAGGGGGCAGUGCUGGGCUCAUCCCCAGCCAGCUGCUGGAGGAGAAGCGGAAAGCCUUUGUCAAACGGGAUCUGGAGCUGACACCCACCUCAGGGACAUUAUGUGGCAGCCUUUCAGGAAAGAAAAAGAAGCGAAUGAUGUAUUUGACUACGAAGAAUGCAGAGUUUGACCGGCAUGAGCUGCUCAUUUAUGAGGAGGUGGCCCGCAUGCCCCCCUUCCGCCGGAAAACCCUGGUGCUCAUCGGAGCCCAGGGUGUGGGCCGGCGCAGCCUGAAGAACAAACUCAUCAUGUGGGAUCCAGAUCGCUAUGGCACCACCGUGCCCUACACGUCCCGGCGGCCCAAGGACUCCGAACGGGAAGGUCAGGGCUACAGCUUUGUGUCCCGUGGGGAGAUGGAGGCGGACAUCCGCGCUGGGCGCUACCUGGAACAUGGCGAGUACGAGGGCAACCUGUAUGGCACGCGCAUCGACUCCAUCCGGGGCGUGGUCGCCGCCGGCAAAGUGUGCGUGCUGGAUGUCAACCCCCAGGCAGUGAAAGUGCUGAGAACAGCUGAGUUUGUCCCUUAUGUGGUGUUCAUCGAGGCCCCUGACUACGAGACCCUCCGGGCCAUGAACCGGGCUGCAUUGGAGAGUGGGCUGUCCACCAAGCAGCUUACGGAGGCAGACCUGAGGAGGACCGUGGAAGAGAGCAGCCGCAUCCAGAGAGGCUACGGGCACUACUUCGACCUCAGCCUGGUCAACACCAACCUGGAGAGGACCUUUCGUGAGCUCCAGGCUGCCAUGGAGAAGCUGCGGACAGAGCCCCAGUGGGUGCCUGUCAGCUGGGUGUACUGAGCCUGUUCAUGUGGACCUCACCCCUCUGGGUUGCGACCCAUCCCCUUCCCCAGCCAUGACCCCCAGCCAUGAUCCUUAGCUCUCAUCCCUGGUGGUCUGGCUCUCCCUGGGUGAUGGCUCCUAGGGGGCCCUAAUCUGGCUUCAGCACAGAGGCAUGCACUGCCAAGGAGAUGGGGUGUUCAUGGGGUACCUCUGUGCCCAGGUGCUGCCCACUCCCCAUGCCCACUGGCCACCAGAUGUCCCUCUGAGGGCCAGGCUGUGCCCAGGAGUGUCAGAGUCACCUCCAUAGUGCUCAGUCCAGAGAAGAGAAAAGCUGCUUUGGGACCCUGUGGUCAGUAGGUACACUGCCCCCAGGGCACCUCUCUGCAGUUACCUUUUCUCCUUGGGCUAGCCACGCCCACCCAAUUCCUGGGCUCCUCCCACCUCUCACACCUGUGGCCUAGGAGUGGCCCUUGGGCUGUUUCCAGACCGGGGAGUGCAGGUCCCAGCAGCCAGGCAGUCCUGGGCGGUGGUGGCAGCCUGGUGUCGUCCUGAAGGCUGGAGGAACCCGAGCUUGAACCAGCUCCCACGGCGGGGGGAGCAGGGCCGUCCCAGCUCCCGUGGAAUCGGGCGGAGUCCCACAAGCGGACCCCGCCCUGUCCUUCCCUCAUCCACAGCUUUUCACUGCCGAAGUCUCUCCACAGACUUCUCCAACGUGCCCCUGACAGGUCAGCUCUGCUCCCCCGCGGGGCAAGGCCAGCAGGGGUGAGUGGCCUCAACAGGGGUAGGGGUGGGCUGAAGACCGAGCCAAGUGACAGGGAGCCUGCUCCUACUGAUCGUGGCCCACGGUGGGGCAUAUCUGGGCUCCCUGUUGGUGACCAUUGUCCAUUGUGGUCUCUCUGGGGGG